AUGCAACGCCUUGACGGCUUCCAAAACCGACCAAAGAUUAGUAACGGCAUGAACCGUGGUUGCUUCUGCGCCGUCCCCGGUGAAGGCACUGGCAUUGCAGCUCAAAGGGCAACCCGUAAUAUGCUAAAGAAACUGACAUCUCGUUUCGGAGGGGACAGGAUGUCUCUUUACGCCGAACCAUCCGGUCUCACAACAACUGAAUUGAGAGAGCAGGCCAUGAGAACCGUCGACUUCCUUCACUUUCAAGGUGAAAUCAGCUUGAACCCCGAAGACGAUAAACCCGAAAACACGACUCUCAGGAUGGGUGAGGAGAUGACAUUAAGCGCCAAGACUAUCGCUUCUAAUCUUCAAUUCCAAAUGGGCUGUUCUCCACUAGUCACCUGUAUCGGUGAACAACCCGACCACAUCGACGAAGACGCUCGUCUCACCGAAAUCCCAGAUGCUAUCCCACCGGCUUUCCUUCAAGCAGGUGCUUCAACCGUCGUCACCACACUUUGGCCCGUCCCCUCCCAAAUUGCCGACCGCUUCACCGAGGUCUUUUAUAGCAAUUUUCUUAAAAGGGGGAGAUUGGAUGGGGACCAGGUUUGGAACAUUGCGCAAGAAGUUCGUGUGGCCGCUAGUGUUGUUCGUAGGGAACUUGGAAAGGGAAAUAGUCACUGGGCAUCUUUUGUGAUGUAUGGAGCUUGGAUGAGGGGGUUUAGACCCGGUGGGAGGAUUAAAGUUACGAGGGGCAAGAAUGUGAAAACGGAUUUUGCGGAUUAUCAGCAGCCAGAUGUAGGGUUUUAUCCACCACAGGAGUAUGGAUUGGGUCUUAGGGUUAGGAAUUGA